AUGGAGAAUAACAAUAUGACAAUUGAAAGCAGUGACAAUGGAAAUUUGGGAAAUAAACGCCCGUAUGAAAACGAUCAGCAGCAGCAGCAGCAACAACAACAACAACAAAAUCAACAAGAGAUUAAACGCAGCCGAAUAGCUAAAGUUGAUUGUAGAUUUUUGUUACAAAGUAGAGAUGCUGGAUGUAUCAUCGGUAAAGGUGGGAAAACAAUUCAACAAUUGCGCACAACUCAUCGCACAAUUAUUCAGGUUCCUGAUUGCGACGCACCUGAGCGAGUAUUGACUGUCACAGGUGAUAUUGAACAAAUUCUCGAAUGUAUUGCCGAGAUUUUAAAUGUUAUAUCAGAAAAUCAACGCGUUCGACCAGAUAUAUCUGAAAUACGUGCAUUGAUUCAUCAAAGUCAAGCUGGUGCUAUUAUUGGCAAAGGUGGUCAACGUGUGAAGGAAUUUCGUGAGAAAUAUAAUCUUGAUGUAAAAGUAUAUCCACAAUGCGCUCCUGGCGGUUCAACUGAAAGAUGCAUAUCGAUGCGUGGUCAGCGCGACGAUGUCAUGCGCUGUUUGAAAGAGGUGUAUAGUAUAUUAGAAUCAGUUCCCCCGCGGGGUCCCUCACGAUAUUAUGAUCCGAAUAAUUAUGAUGGUUUUAAUGUUCAAGAAUAUGGUAAUGGUUGGAAUAAUGGUAGAAAUGAUGGUUAUGGUGGGCGUGGAGGAGGAAAUUAUAACGAUUAUGAUUCGCGUGGCGGCAACGUUCAAGGAAAUGCAUCUGGUGUGACAACCACACAAGUAACGAUACCAAAUGAUUUGGCGGGUUGUGUAAUUGGAGCACGUGGAUCUCGUAUAUCACAAAUACGUCAACAAUCGGGAGCUGAGGUUCGCAUUGAUAGUCAACCAUUGCAGGAUACAAAUGAUCGUGUUAUCUCAAUAACGGGCAAUCCUCAACAAAUUCAACAAGCUCAGUAUUUAUUGCAAAUGGCUGUUAAACAAUCAGGUUUAUGGCAAGGAGGACAAAAUUAA